AUGACUGGAAGUGACUCAUCAAUGUGUGAUCUUGAAGUUAAAUCGUCAUUAUCAUUGACAAGUCACUUACAUGAAUAUCAACGGAAUCCAUUAUUUCACAUUAAUACCACUACUAUUACUACUAAUGCUACUACUACUAUUAAUAAUCAUAUUAACACAACUCCUAUUAAUAAUUAUCAACAACAAAAUGACACUAUGUAUGACAAUAAUAAUGAUAAUGAUGUGAAAAUCAAGUCAUCUAUGAAUGAUUGUAUUAGUGACAAUAAAAUAAAUGAUACACAUUCUACCACUGUUGUACACGAGAAGAAUGAAAAUCCUAGAAGAUCAAUACCUUUGACGAAUGCAUCAAGUUUAGAAGGCGGUAAUAAUAAUUUUCAAACAAUGUCUGGAAAUACAAUUCCAUUUCUACCAAUCGCCGCUACACAUGAUGGCCGUUAUGAAUGGCCACCUUCAAUGAGGCAUUCAUCAGCUAAUACUGAUCGAUUCAUUCAAGGAAUUAACACAAACACUGAUACCAGGCAAGAAGAUUUCAGAAAUCAACUAAUAAGUAAUAACAGUAAUAAUUAUGACUUCAAAUCCGCACAUCCUAACAACAAUAUGGUAGAUGAUGAAAUUAAUCAAACGAACCAUCAUAAUUUGCCACCAUUUGCAAAUGAAAAAUUGUUGGAUUCUGUACGAUCUAAAAAUGUUAACAACACUAAUAGUAGUAACAAAGUGGAAUGUUCUUCUCCAGAUGCUAAUAUGGUUGCAGCCGUUGCAUUCAAUGCUGUCCGUAGAUGGUUUACUAAUUCAUCAACAUUAACUAAUUCAGAUAAUACAAUGAAAUCAGUAUGGAACGAAAACAUGAGAACAGGAAAUUCUGGUACAAAUUCAAUUGGUUUCAUGCAUCAAUCGAAUAUAUUACAUUAUGCAUCAUUAAAUUCUCGUUUACAACAUCCAUUGCCACCCCCACCAUUAGUUUUGAACUCAAAUGUCGGUAAUACAACCACACAAAAUUCAACAUAUAAUAAUUAUGGAAUGUUUAUGCAUCGUGGACAUCAUAGUAGUGGAUACGUCCCAAAUCAUACAGCUCCAAUGUUACGUGGGGGUAAGAAACGUUCCCAUUCCCAAUCAUCUGUAAAUGAAUUAUUUGAUAUAUCAAGUUUAACAAGAAGUUCUCAAGGUUCAUUGAAUAUCAUGCAAUCUAUACGUGGUUCACAUAGUAUGGGACCAAGUGCUGAAGGUUCAUAUGGUCAUUUAUCUGCUGCUUCACUUGGUGCAAGUCCUGGCGCUUCAUGUGAUAUUCGUCGUACACUAAGCAGUAAUGGCAACUCUUCACACACUGCUCCACCGGCUCCAUUUAGUGAGAGAUCACCAUUUUGGUCACCUAAUUCGCCACACUCAACAGGUAGUGGGUUUGAUAAUUAUCAAACGUCUUCACAUAAAUCUUUACCGUUACCGUCAACUUCACAAACAUGUCAACAACAUUCCGGAUAUACAUCUACAAGUGGUAGUAGUGGUAAUCGUUCAACUGGUUGUUUAAAUCGUGCACCUUUUGGACAUCUUGCGGUUUUGUCUUCAUCAAAUUCAUUAAAUAAACAAUUGCAACAACAAUCGGAUCCUAAUUCUCUGUUCAAUUGUUCAAUAGAUGUUCCGAAGAAACUGACAACUAAUUCUCCUAAUAUGAUAUUACCAUCAUGUAGAACAUUAGGAUUAUCUACCAACAGUGUUACAGCAUCUUCAUCAGAAAUAACAAAAAAUUGUACUAAUAAUGUUUUACAGUCAGCAAUGGCCUUCGCUGCAGUUGCAGUCGCAGCUGCGGCAGCCUCUUCCACAACCUCUAAUAUAACAGAGAGAGAAAAUUCAUCUUUAUUGAAUAAACAUGUAUUGGAGAAUACUUUUCAUCGUGAAUGUAGAAAUCAUAGCUUGCAUCAGCAUCCAUCAAGUGAAUGUGAGUCCUGUUCAUCGACACUUACCAUUGGCAAUAACAAUAAUAAAGUAAAUGAAUCAAUCAAUUCUAUGUAUAAUAAUCUAGUUCCUUCAUGCUUUAUGAAACCAACUUCCUCUGUUACCAAUAAAAGUUCUGCUACUACUACUGACAAUGAUAAGAGUAGUACUAAUAAUCUCUCAACAGACAAUCGAAAUAUAUCUUUAAAUAAGUUACAGUGUUAUAAUAACGAUACUAAUGCUAAUGAUACUUGUAUGGAUGCAACUAAUAAUGAAAAUAUCCAACAAGGAGUAUUGAGAAAGACCAUACCCUCUACUCCUUCACAUUUUCAAUUAUCUUCUAAUUAUUCUUCUACAAUUUACAAUCAGUUAACUCAUAACAAUUUAAGUAAUAAAUCUACUACUGCUUUGAAUAAUGAUAACGACGUCAAUAAUUGUAGUAAUAUGCCUUCAUCAUUUACAAAUCCUUUACAUUGGCCAUUUGAGUCAAUACCUACACCUGACUGGUCACAUACAUGGCUUAAUCAUAAUAACAAUAAUACUAAUAAUACUAUAAGAUGUCAAAACAAUUCAAAUGAAACAUUUCGAAGAAAUGGACGAGUAAAAAUUGGACAAAUCGAUUUAAAUUCAACGGUAUUAUCCAAAAGUGAAAUGUCCAAAUUAUUAAUGAAUGAAAAUACUACUAAUAAUCAUCAUCAUUUAUUUGGUAAAAGUAAUAAUCUUUUAUGUCCAACAUUAACAAAAGACUUAUUAAAACAACAUUGUGCAUUAAAUAACUCUAAUAACAAUAGUUUAUCAAGUCAACAGUCUUCUCAAAGAAAACAAAUUGAUGGUACAUUGAAUCAAAUGCGUAGUAUUAAAAAUUUUAGUCGUACUUGUCGUACAACACCAGUAUUAGAGACAAUAACUCCAGGAAUAACCACAUCGAUAACGGAGACAUCAGUAGUUGCAUCAUCAUUAUCAACAACAGCUGCAACAUCAACUACUACAGGAGUAUUUAAACAAAAAACAACUGAACAUUCACAUAAAUGGCAAAAUCAGAAUGUAUUUAAUAGUCGUAAGAAUUCAACACGUGAUUCUAGUAAUAAUAAUAUUAAUAGUGGAGUUGGACAUUGUUCAGUUGAUGAACCAGAUGUAGAUGAAGAUGAAGAACUAGAUGAUGAUGGACGUGUACCACAAGAAGGUGAUCCAGAUUUCGUUGAAACAACAUGUCGAUGGGGUGAUUGUACAUUACAGUUUGAUGAUCAAGAUGAAUUAGUAAAACAUCUUAGUACUGAGCAUAUUGCAGGAAAUAAAAAAAGUUUCGUUUGUUUAUGGCGAGAAUGUGUUCGUGGAACUAGACCAUUCAAGGCUCAAUAUAUGCUUGUUGUACAUAUGCGUAGACAUACAGGCGAAAAACCACAUAAAUGUAUAUUUGAAGGUUGUACGAAGCGUUAUUCUCGUUUGGAAAAUUUAAAAACUCAUCUUCGAUCACAUACUGGAGAAAAACCUUAUCAAUGUGAAAUUCCCGGUUGUAAUAAAGCAUUUAGUAAUGCAUCAGACAGAGCUAAACAUCAGAAUAGAACGCAUAGUAAUGAAAAACCUUAUACAUGUAAAGUUGAUGGUUGUUCAAAACGAUACACAGAUCCAAGUUCUCUACGAAAACAUGUGAAAACUGUUCAUGGUGCUGAAGUUUAUGCAAAUAAAAAGCAUAAAGGUGAAAGUUGGAGUGAUCGACCUUGUGGUGGAUCUGGAUAUGGUGGGGGGCAUCUAUUUGGCAAUAGUAAUCCAGGUAAUAAUAACAAUAGUUAUCCUUCUCAAGAUAAACGAUCCAAUGGUUCAAUGCCUGGCACACGUGGAAGAUUUGGUCCUCGCGGAAUGAAUGAUAACGGCAACAUAUUUCAUCGUGGAGCCUUUAUAGACCGAGAGCAACGCCCAUCUUCAUCGUCAAAUCCAAGAGAUGGUUGUUUAGCUUGUCUUACUAAUCCAGUUCAUACAACUUCAAUACAUCCUGUAGAUAUCAAUAGCGAAAGCAUUAUCACAGAAUAUCCUAAUCAAGAUUUAUCGAAGUUGAAAAGAUCCAGUAUAGAAGAGUUUGGUAGAAAUACUUCACAUAAUAUGAAUUGGUAUUUACCUGAAACUGAUAAUCAAAAUGUACACUCUAAUGUUUUAAUGAUGACAUCAUCACCAGCAGUAUACAAUACAAGAAAUGAUUAUUUCCCUAGUUUGAAAUGUGAACAUUCCAUUUAUCCAAAUUAUUUUAAUUUUGCGCGAAAUAUGUUUCAUACUGAAGACACAAAUCAAAAUGAUCAUAAUAAUAACAAUAAUAAUUUGGCUUUAUCUUGGACAUCACCGACAACACCAUCACCAUGUGAUAACUUAUAUUUAAAUCAAAAAGUUAGUCCAUCUAUUACAUUACAAUCUUUAUCGACCAUAUCAAAUCCUAUUCAAUCAUUAUCAUUAUCAAUAGACAAUUCAAAUAACUUAACAAGUAUGAAACAGAAAAAUCUUAUCACAACUAUUAACGAAUCAGUGACUAUGAUAAGUAAUGAAAAUUCUGAUCAAUCCAUACCAGUAUGUACUUAUGGAACAUCAGAUGAUUUGGUAAAAGAUUUCAAAAAAUCAUUAAAAACUGAAGAUAAUAAUUUAAUAUGGAAUUGGAAAUAUUCACAACCGUCAACUGAUGAAAUAAAUAAAGAUCAUUAUAAUAAAAAGCAUUCCAUUUUACAAUUUGAUAACCAAGAUAUGAAAAAGCCAUUACCUGAAUAUUUAUCAACAUCAUUAGAAUCUCAAUCAAAUACACAAUUUACAUUAAAUCUAAAUGAUCAAACAAUGAAUCAAUUAAACAGAUCAUCGAAUAAUGAUCAUUUCAAUGAGAUCUCAACUAAUUUUAAUGAAACAUAUCGUGAAAAUAAUUUACAAUUUAAUUUCCCUUUAAAAUGGAAAAUUGAAGAUACAUUAGCUUACUCAAAAAAUCCGGAUAAUAGUAGUCAAAUAAACAAUAAUGGUAAUAAUAAUGAAUUAAAUGAAGAAACUUCUCCUCAAUCAAAUCAAAAUGAAUGUAUUUCAAAUAUACCAUUAAAUAAUCCUUAUACGGAAGAUGUGACAGAGCAGAAAUCUCAAUUAUGUUUAAUAGAAUGUUCAACUCGAUUAAGAUCAAUACAAGAUAUUUGUUCACCGAAUGAUAUUUGGGAUUCAGAGAGUGCGGCUGCAUCAUCCGGUAUUGGGUCAGGUGUAACAACUACCACAGCGUCAGAUAACAGUAAUCCCACCGCCCAGAAUCAUCAUCACCAACAACAGCAACCGAAACACUCUCAUCAACAUCAAAACCGAACAAAGUCCAUAAAUUCAGACAAUAACUAUUCAAACCAAGAUAAUGUUAGUACUAUGGAUAAUGAUGAAGCAUUUGUUAAUAAUGAAAAUAUUAAAAGUGACCUUGGCUCUAUUGAUCGAUCCUCUUUAUUUGGAACACCAAGAACAGAUUCAAAUUCUACUGGUUGUUCAUAUGAAAGAACAUUUAAUCCACAAAUAACUCAUAAGAAUGAUAAUUUAUUACAUUCUUCAUGUACUUGUAUACAAAAGCAACAAAAAAGAGACCAUUCACAAUCUACUUGUUGUUAUCAUCGAAAUUAUCAUGAUCAAUUGGUAGAUGGGAAUAUAUCCUCUCAAUUAGAUUCAGAACAACUUAGUGCAACAAAUUCUCAAGUAAGCAGUGGAAUUGGUUCAAUGACUUCAUCAAACGCUGGUAGUGGUUGUAAUUGUACCGGUACAGGAUUAAACAAUACAAAUAUAAAUGUUUUAGAGAAUGCCAGUGGUAAUGUUAGUAGCAAUAUCUGUGUUAAUACAUUACCUAGAUUUGCUCAAGGUGACAAUUCAUCCAAAUUAACUAAUGAUUAUCCAAAUAAUUCACAAGUAUUCAAUGAAGAUGAUAAUAACAUAUCAAUAAUGUGGAGAAAGUAUUAUAAAUCAUAUGGUUAUUGUUCACCGUGUAACAACCAAAGUGAAACGUUUUAUCCUGAAAUAUUCGAUUCCGAGACGGGGUGUUAUUCAAAUACACCAGCAACUGUAUUAAAUGGUUUCUCUUCUACUGUUUUCCCUGUUCCACCUUCCAUUUCAACAUAUCAAUACCACCAUAAUCCUCAUUUUCAUCAUAAUCAUCAUCAUCAGCAGCAGCAACGUCAUUCACAAAAUAACCUUGACUUAGUUAUGUCAAGUUCAAAUCAUAAUAAUGAUGAAAUGCGCUUUUCUCCUCACAGUUAUGUUCAUUCAAGUUCAUCUAAUUCAUCACCAUUCAAUUCAAAUCGUCCACAUUCUGUUGAAACAUUUUCGCAUAAUAAUAUAACGAACAAUCGUUUAUUUGACCAUAGACGAUAUACACAUACUUCAUUAUCUACUAGAAAUAACAAUCAUGUUAAUGAAAUGAAUAAUACUAUAAACCAAACUAAUCCAAAGCAUCCAUACAAUAUAUGUCUUUCUUCUAUAAAUAAUAAUAAUCAAUGUGAUAUGAAUAGUAAUAUGAUUUUGAAGAGACAUUCUAUUACUGAUGAUCGAUGUCAUGUAAAUGGAACAUGGUCUACUAAUGCAAAUAAUGGUAAUGAUAAUCAUCAUUAUUGGUCACAUCCAUAUUAUACUAAUCAACAGUCUAUAGGAAAUCAAAUUCCUAAUUGGUUAAAUAAAUCUGUAUUAACAUCAUCAUCAUCGUCAACACUGACAUCGACAUCAUUAACAGAAGCUAUGAGAACACAUAAUUCAUCAAAUAGUUUAUGUGUAACAUCAAGAUUUAAUGAUUCAAUAAACUAUUAUCAAGAAUAUCCUAACUGUUGUCAACCAACAAUAAAUUCAUUUCAAAUAAAUCAAUCUUCAUUAUCCUCAAUUAUGUCUACAAAAACUUCUGCAAAACAACACUCUAAAUUAUCUUGGACAACAGAUGAUAAUUAUUCUGAAUAUCUUAAUUCAAAUCAUUCACAAAAUUCAUAUAUUCAAUCUAAUCGUUUGAUUAACAUUAAUCAUUCUAGUAAUAGGGAUAAUUUAAUUGAAAUAGAUCAUAAUAAUCGAACAAAUAUUCAAGGAAAUUGUAA